GCGCCUCUCUCCUUCCUCCUCCUCCUCCUGGCGGCCGCUGCCCCGGCAGGGAUGGAGGCCAUCGAGGAUCUGGCGCUCAAACCCUGCACCUCCUCCAUCUACCUGCGGCCUUACCGCCUCUGUUACAGACAGGUAAAGGAUGAGGACAUGACCACCAUUAUGGGAAUUAGAUUCCUGUUGAGUCUCUCAAAAUUGAGAGAAUGGCACGAAGAAGGUCUGGGAUUUUAUGAAGAUACAUGACAGUGUGUCAAUCCUGAUCUUUAAUACUUCUCGGCAGUGCUUUGUUCUGGUGAAGCAGUUCCGCCCAGCUGUUUACAUGUGUGAAGUAGAAAAGCAUCAUCCUCAACUUUUUCAGAAUCAGGACAAUGAGAGCUCCUCUCGUCUAGAGGAUCCCUUACCUGCUGCAGUAGGAGUGACCUAUGAACUCUGCUCUGGCAUUGUUGACAAACCAGACCUUUCUUUAGAAGAAAUUGCAUGUGAGGAAGUCUUAGAAGAAUGUGGCUAUCAUGUUGCUGUUACAGACCUAAGGAAAAUCACUUCUUACAGAUCUGGAGUUGGUGUGACAGGUUCUAGCCAGACAUUAUUUUAUGCAGAAGUCACAGACCAGAUGAGAAUUGGGGAAGGAGGUGGCCAAGCUGAAGAAGGCGAGCUGAUUGAAGUUGUAGAAAUACCUUUAGAAGAGUCCAUGAAGUUUGCUUAUGAUGAGACUCUCCAGAAGACAAUGGGCGUCAUCUUCAGCUUCACAUGGUUCCAAGACAACAUAGCACCCAAGCUACGGAAAAAAUAAGAUCAAAGCACCUCGAUUGCAAGAAAAGCUUUCCAGCUGGUUCUGUGGAUACAGAAAACUGCAAAUCUGAUCAUCAUGUCUUCUCAUGGGGCAAAUCUUUCUGGAAAUAAAUUUGGAAAUAAAAUCUCAAUUAAAGUCCUGA